GUUGUUAAAAAAAUCAUACCAAAAAAUGGCUUCAUCAAAAUCCAUAACUGAUUUCUUCUCACCAUCAUCCAAACGCCCAAAACCAUCAUCAUCAUCUUUUGAGCCUUGUUUCAAGAAAAGCAUUAUUUCCGUUCCCCAAAAACCCACCGCCGCCGCCGCCGCCGCAGCCACCUCACCGGAACCUAAUUCCGAUGAUGGACCCACACCCACAUCCAUCGGAGCUAAGGCUGGAUCUUGUUCAAGUCUCACUUCUGAACAGAAACUUAGGGUUCAGGUUAAUCGAUCACUAGCUAAAGCUAAACUUAAUCUCAGAAUUUGUAAAGAAAGAGUGUUGAAAUCUACUAAAGGUGAGGGAUUGGGAUUAGGAAAAUUGGAAGAACUGUUGGUGGAAGAAACAUGGUUGAAAGCUCUUCCUGGGGAGUUUCAGAAACCAUAUGCUAAGAAACUGACUGAAUUUGUGGAAAGUGAAAUUCAAGGCUCUAUUCCAAUUUACCCUCCGCAACAUUUGAUCUUCAACGCUUUGAAUUCCACCCCAUUUGACCAAGUCAAAGCUGUCAUCAUUGGUCAGGAUCCAUACCAUGGACCUGGUCAAGCUAUGGGGCUCUCAUUCUCUGUUCCGGAAGGAAUUAAAACACCUUCAAGUUUGGUAAACAUAUACAAGGAACUUCAGCAGGAUUUGGGAUGUUCGAUUCCAUCUCAUGGGAAUUUGGAACGAUGGGCUGUACAGGGCGUUUUGUUGCUAAAUGCCGUUCUUACAGUUAGGCAGCAUCAGGCAAAUUCUCAUGCAAAGAAAGGGUGGGAGCAAUUUACUGAUUCCGUAAUUGAGACAAUAUCUAAAAAGAAAUCAGGGAUCGUUUUUCUUCUUUGGGGAAACUAUGCUCAAGCAAAAUCAAGGUUAAUUGAUGAAAGCAAGCACCACGUGCUUAAGGCGGCACAUCCUUCUGGUUUAUCUGCCCAUAGAGGAUUCUUUGGAUGCAGGCAUUUUUCACGUACCAACCGGAUCCUUGAGGAAGCAGACAUUCCUCUUAUUGACUGGCAACUCUAAUCCGAAGCUAAACUCUUGCAGUGAUGUUGAUUUUUGUCUAGACACUAGAUUAAUGGAGCCAACUCACCUUUUGGUAUCUUAAUACUUGAUUAUGUGAGUUGUAUGGAGUGACUUUAUGUAGUAUUCACUAACUAGAAUGUCCUUUUUUGGUUAAACAUACUUCUUGUAUCUUCCAUGUAUUUGUUUUUCUAAUGAAUGAUAUUUUAAGCUGCU